UCCUCUUCUUCUUCUUCUUCUUCUUCUUUCUUCCUUUUGACGUGUCCGUGGAUCACGUCCUCUCCACGCCCCCCCACCAUGAGAAAGUGCCACAUGACCUGUCAAGUAGGAAGUGGAGCUCUCACCACCACCACCAACACAUCCAGCAGCAGCAGCAGCACCGAGCGGAGACCGAAGACGAGGCUGAAGCCGCUCAACCUUUCGCCCGGUGCCACUCGACGUUCCCCCACCCGGACACACACACACGUUUCCAGGCAGAGCAGCGAUCUUGUCCGCAGUCAUGUACGUGAAGCUGCUGCUUUUCGCCGCAGUCGUGGCUCUCGCUGUCGCACCAGCCGCGGCGGACUCCGAUAAAUGUUCCAAGCUGACAUGUGCUACGUGCACGGCCACUGAAGACUGUCUCUGGGUCAACUGCACAACAUCAUUUUUUGGCUGUCUCAAUGCAACUCUUCUGGCAGGAAACGAUUCCUGCUCCAACGCUACCUGCGCAGCUUCGGAACCUACUCCAACAACCAAGGCUUCGACUGUCGCUCCAUCUCCGACUUCUUCCCAACCCCUUACAACCCCCACUGCCCCUGUUGUCACGACCGCCUCUAACAGCAGCACCUCUGCUCAGCCCACCACAGAAAAUGGAACCGUCAUUGUCACCACUCCGAGCAGUAACACCUCCAUCCCCACUACAUCGGCUUCUUCAAAUGGAACCAUCACAAGUACCACGCCGGUCUCCCCGACCCCGGCCUCUCAAAAGAAUGCCACCUUUGAUGCCGCGAGCUUCAUCGGCGGAAUAGUGCUGGUGCUGGGCCUGCAGGCGGUGAUCUUCUUCCUCUACAAAUUCUGCAAGUCCAAGGACCGCAACUACCACACCCUUUGAAGCAGCAUCACGGUUGGAUCGGCAUCACCGGCCCCGUCCCCGCCAAACUCUAACCUCCCGGAGAAGACUCCCCACUCGGCACGCACUCAUCACACGCUCACCACGGCGAACUCAAACAGUGUUUUCAAGCAGUUUUUUUUUUUCAUGUUUGUGCCACUUGUGAUUUCGGCCUGCAUUAGUGCUGCUGUAGUCGGUGUGGAGGCACCCACGCAUGCCUGUAUGUAUGAUAAAUAACAUUGCACCAACAUGUACAGUAUACAGAUCCCUAGUGAUAUGGCAUUUAAGCCUUGAGCAUAUGGAUUACAUCACGUGUUAGCUACUACCCACCUCCAUCGUGCUGUUAGUCAUCCUGCGAAAGACCAUUUUCCAGCGAACUGAGGCGGCUGGUGUUAUUUACGGCCCCUCUCCUCACCACAUGAGUCAAAAGGACCAGCAGUAGCUUUCAGUGAUGCCUGGGAGGAGGAGCAUUUACAGCAUCCUCUCAAUUUUUUGAUUUGGAAACACUGUUUGAGUUCACAGCUUUUCUUAAAAUGUGACGAUGGCGAUGAUUCAGUAUUGCUUUCACCCUGUCGAGUCGUGGGCAGGUUCCCCCCCCCCCCCCCUUCAUGCAGCUGUAUCCUAUAUAUGUGUUCAUAGAUGAUGUAAAAGAGGUGGGGUUACUUGAAGAGGGGAUAAAAAGCAUCACCCAAUCAUCUAAUAUCAGGAACAACGGCGAUCCCUCUGGUAAACAGUCUUAUUUCGAUGGACGUCUCCCUUGGCAUUUCGGAGUGCGGUGCGUUUUCUGCAGUUGAAUUCCCAGCGGAGAUCUCUCACCCAAUAGGAGUUGUUAAAAUGUCACCAACUGCCAGUGGAGCGGCACAAUGCAAUAAAUUAUGUAUUAAGUUCAUUUCCCAGCCAUUAAUCUCCCUUAUGAUCCUUACUGGCAUCAAAUCUUACCCGCGCGGAGCUGCCCCCUUGCUUUCUGUGAAGUAGCCGAAAAAAGGGGGGAAAAUGAACGAUUGUAGAAUAUUUCAGAAGUGUUAUUAAUUAAUGUGUUUAAAAUAGAGUGGGUGGGGGGGCUUGAAGAAAAUGGCGUGCACCUUUCUUGAUGUGGACAGUGAUAGCAGUGAAGUGCCUUUAAUGUCCAGUAUGAGGAAGAGGACGAGUCUCUUCUUCCUGUUUGAGGCCCCUGAGUGUUGUCACGAGUUUGUCGGUGAGCUGUGAGAUCCGAAGUAUCAGCAGCUGGACUGAAGAGCCUUUUAUUGGUGGAAGUAUAAGGUAGAUGUCACUCGAGGGCCUCGAUCAGCCGAGAUUGAAGAUUUUCCCUAUGAGUAGAAGACGGUAUUCAGUGCAUGGUCUUCUUCUCACUGACUGUGACCUUGUAAAAGUAGAUGAUUAAUAGAUUUGAAGGUACUCUCUGGUUCGUAGCUCCUAACACACCCCAAAAACCCCAACCCUGUGUUCAUGUUUCAGGACUCAGUUGUGUAUCAAAUUGUGUUUAGUGUAAAAACAGGAGACCAUGAGGAUAUUUCAAGACACUAUUAGGAGCUAUGAAUCCUUGAGUGUACCUUUUUUUUUUUUUAAAAACAUAAUUUAAAAGCUUGAGUUGAGGUUGAAAUGUCGGGACCGUGGUUCGGUCCAAUGAGCGUCGCACCUCUUGAUUCCUGACUUCGCCAUGCAAGUGAGAAGAUUGCUGAUGGAGUGCAAAAUUGCAACAACUAAGUGGCCAGGCUAAUGUCGACGUCGCUAAUUAGCUUGCUGCUAACAGUGUGAUGUUUUUUUCUUGUUUUUUUUUUGUCUCUCCUGUACAUAGCCACAUCCUGCUUACGUUUAUUUCCUGGGUUUCACCGUAAGGAAAAGGCUAAAUGAAGGAGCGUUGAUCAGAACAUUUUUGCUUGUGCCAGCUCGUCAGUGUCAAGAAUAUUUGUGUUUCAUUAUUGCAUGCUGAAUGCUUGGAGUUGUGAUUUCCCCCCCCCCUUACAUUUGCAUAUGCUCUUAAGGGGUUGGACACACUUUGAAAACCACUCUGAUUAUUUGUGAUUUGCCCAUAUGCUAGUUUAAAUAGAAUGCCUUGAAACCGUGUGCAUUAAGCCAAAGUCCUCAGUUUUGGCAUGGUGGAGUUUAAACAUUGCACUGACGAGCUUUGUUUUGUAACGUUGUCUUUGGAAAUGUUUUUCGUGAUUCAACCCAAAAAAAACGAGAAAAAAAAAAAGAAUCGGAUGCUUGUACAAAUACUCAGUCUUGAAUAUGAACUAGAUAAUGGAUGAAUAGUUUUGUAUGAUCGUGAGGAAUUCUAAAUUAAUGAGAGCAGAUUUGUUUUUCCUGUUUCCUGCAUAAUUUAGGGUUACGUGUUUUCUGCUGCUCACCAUUGACACGCCUUUUUAACCUACGGUCACCUGGUGGCAUUUAGGCUACAGCCCAAAGACCCAUGUAUGAGAAGAGCAGGCUACAAAGUUUUGCCUUAGCUGCACCCAGCAUCAUCACCCCCGCAUGAGGAGGCCCCUGCGCCCCCAAAACUUGAUGUUUGGGUUUAAUACAAAGCCAUUGAGUGACCACUAACUCCAGUCACAGUGCUCUUUGCUUUCGACAUGGUAGCUGCAUUCCUCAGCGUCACACAUCACAUGUUGACAUUAUUGUGGUGUUUCAAAACACGUUUGUCAUCCAUGGAAACCAAUAGACGUCCAUUGUGCUGCCUCCGUGCAGCUUCCUCCUACAAGUCACUCAGUCCUUGCACCUCUUAAGGAAAAGUGCCUUAUUCAGUUGAUAUCCAUAUACAGUGUAGUUGUGAAGUGAUUAUGCCACACCUAUUAAAUACCAAUGGGACUCAGCACUUUCAGACCCCUGUGAAGUGGUUUUCUGUGUCGUAUUCUGCUUGAUUAUGUCUCGUCACGCUCGGCCUUAAACUCCUUGAUCAAAUCCACCGAGCAUUCACUGGUGACGAGCUGUCUGGGAAUUUAUCAGGUUGAAAAGUGAAGACUUGUUGGAUGUACUCUGAAACUUUGCUGAGUUUUGACCCAAACCAUAAAAGAUUAAUAUCAAAUUGAUGUGAAUGGCUUUUGUUUGGCAAAUGUUUCCUUCCAGAUCGGGCCUGGUUGUGUCCUUGACAACUCGUCACUCGCUCAUUGUGAUACAAUCCCUCAUUGAUCACAGCUCCAGACUUCUGGUGUUCUCUGCUGCAACAUCUUCCUCCAUAAUGCAAACUGUCACAUGAUAACUUGAACUCCACUCUGGAUGUAACUUUCAAUUAUCACAUUGAAUGUCUUGUUUAUUUUUUAAUGAAAAAUUCUUCUUGGUCCUGGAGGACUCUCCUAUCGGUUUUCAGUCUCGCAGUGUUCGCUUCCAAGAGCAACGAGUAACAGGCUUUUUUGAUUCCCUCCUUUUGCCUUGUGACUUUCUUGUUAUGUAGUGCCAUGUUAUUUUUUUUAAUAGGCCGUCAGUCUUGUAGGUACGAAUUUUCUGCUUUGCUCCAAACCCACUUUAACACACACACACACACACACAUCAAUAUGUAGACACUCGCAGGUGCCACAAUGUCUCCCGAAUUGUUUUGUGCCUAUUUUGUGCCCAUAUUUUAGCUUUUUUUUUUUCUCCCUCCUUUUUCUUACAAUUUUUUUUUUUUGCCUUGUUUUCUAGUGUUGCCUUUAGUUUCACAAUGUUAAAUCAAUAAAGUUUGAAUAUUGUUAAACAAA